AUGGCUACCGGUGCUUCGCAAAAGCUCCGUUUCACGGUGGAGUCUGCCUCGGGAGAGGAUCCAGACUACCCCGCCAAAGAGCUCAACUUCCACAGCCCCCACACAAAAGGAUGGCAAAGCCCCCGCUUCUGCAAGUUCCCGCAGGAGCUCAUUCUGCAGCUCGACAAGCCGGCGCAGGUGCACCAGAUCCAGCUCCUGUCGCAUGAGUUUAAGAUCUCGUGCAAGAUCGAAGUAUUCGUUGGGCUUCCGCCCCCUGGCAUUUUGGACCCGUCGCAAUGCCCCCUGAAGCGGUUAGGUUAUCUCUCGCUCGACCCUAACGAGCGGAGUAAUCACCAGGCGCGGGAGCUGAAAAGCGUCCACGUGGAUACCCCGGCGCAGGUCAUCAAGUUUUUGCUGCACAAGUGCCACCCAAACAAGCUCAACAUAUACAACCAGGUGGGCAUCGUCGCCCUGAACAUCGUGGGGCAACCGUUAGACGCGGCCAAACUGGCCUUGGCCCAGCAAGCUCUCUUGGGGAGAGCGCAGAACGGGCGGGGGGGACGAGGUGCGCCGCCAGAAGACCCCUUGCUAGAAAGCGUGGACGCAGUGACGGCGCAACAGCUUAGAGAGUUGCUCGCGCAGAAAGACGCAGCGGUAAGGAAUGAAGACUACGACGAAGCCAAACGGCUCAAAGUCAUCAUCGACCGAGUGCGCGCCUUCGGGAACCAGGUCGCCGUUUUGGAAGCCCGAAAGCAAGCCGCGGUCGACAGGGAAGACUACGACGCGGCGAAAAAGAUAAAGGAAGAGAUCGAUGCGCUGCGGAGCAAAGAGGGGGGCCUUGUACCGCUAGAGGGAGGAGGGGGGAGAACGGCGUUUGAGAGUCUGAGUCUGAACGAGGCGAGCGUGACGAGGCCCGAUCCGGAGACUGUGUUCAACAGAGUCCUCCAAAGCGGUAGAAACUCUCGGCCAGAGAACGAGGACCCCGAGCCCCCGUCCGAGUCGUACGCUUCGGACGCCCCUCCUGGCGACCAACUCUCGGAUCCGGACAGCCCCGCGUCGCCCAGCCUUCAGCGGACGCUGUCCAAUUCGUACGACGACCGACCAAUCAAAGGCGCUGCGUCCGCAAACGGGAAUGGGUACGAUUUGAUGGAGGAGAACGGGGGGCCGGACCCCCUCGACCUCGCGAAUCGCGACAAGGCGCGGCGCGACUCGGGGCGCACCGCGGCCGCGUCGGGAAGCACCGGGCCGCGGAAGCAGUGGGGAAAGCCGACGGCUUCACCCGGGCUGGAUGACGUGGGCAGCGAGCCGACGUCACCCACGUCUCCGCUGCCGCAACGGCCGGACGGGAUCUCAGCGGAACUUCCGGAACCGGAACGGCAGAACGGAGAGGUGAUGAAGCAGAAUGCGGCGCUGGUGACGGCGGUCGGGGAAUACACUGCGCUCUGUAUCCUGUCAAAGAGCUGGCAGCUCCGCGACGCCGCCUUCCAAAAGCUCCUCAAGGACCUCGCGGGGGGGUCAUUUCCCGCGGACGGCGCCCCCCUGUUCCGGGGCCUCGUCAAAGCCACGCUCAAAGGCCUAAACGACAAAGUCGCGAGCGUGUUUUUCAACGCCAUCCCCCUCGUUCGUGGCCUAUUCACAUCGUACGCUUCGGAAGCGUCCGCGAGGGACGUCCAAAACUGCAGCGGGGAAAUUAUCGGGGCCCUGUUGGAGCGGGGGUUGUCGGACUCAAACGCUAGGGUGCAGACUGCGUCGAGCGAGACGUUGCAGUGGCUGGCGGAGCGGAAGGAAGUGGGGCCGGCGGCGGUGGUGGGGCCGCUGCUCAGACCCGUCAAGAGUCAGGCGCAGUGGAAGAUGGUUCUCGGACGCCUGACGCUGCAACAAGCGUUCCUUCAGACGUACGGCCUUUCGCCCUCGUCCAAAAGCGGCCUUCCCGUCGACCAGCUCAUGAAGUUCGUCUGCGAUUCGUUCGCGAGCGCAAACGGCGAGGUGCGCGCGCAGGCCACCGCGGUAACCGUCCACGUGUACCGGUUGAUAGGGACCGGGGUCGAGCGGUACCUGUCCGGUCUGAAACCGGUCGUUCGGGAAGCGCUGUCGUCCGAAUUUGAGAAAGCGGACAGUCAGGCGGCGUCUGGGGGGGUGGUAAUCGAAACGAAACGGCGGUCUAGCAUAGGGGGGAUCAGCGAAGGUAACUUGCAGGGGGCGGGGAUCGUACCCCCCGGAAGGAAAAAGGCGUCGCAGCCAGGGAAGAGUCAGCCCGGGGGGGAUCCCCCGGCCACGAAAAAGGCGAAAGCGCCCCCCCAAAAAAGGAGAGAUCUCGAGGGGGGGCAUCCGGAAGGCAGUCCUAGACCCCCGGGGCAUUUGGUAAAGAAGCACGCGCAUGGGAAGCACUCGGGGAAGCACUCCGGGGAGGGGGGGGACGAGGGAAGGGGGCAUGGGCCAAGGCCGAAGACGUCAGCCCACCCCCCGCCCACCGAAGAAGACGCCGAGGAAGACGGUCCGACCGACACGUGCCAGUUUUGCGGCGUGGUAGACGAGCGGUUUCUUACGGGCGAGACAAUGGACCUCCACUUCUUCCAAGAGUGUCCGAUGCUUUGCAGCUGCGACGAGUGCGGCCAAAUCGUCGAGAUCGCGUCGCUGACGGAACACCGGCUCGAAGAAUGCGAGGAGGGAGGUGUCUACGCAGAGUGUCCGAAGUGCAACGAGGCCGUCCCUCAGGAAGAGCUGACGCGGCACUCCAAGACCUGCCGCGCCGGCAGCCGUUCGUCUGAGAUCGGACGCUGCCCGUUGUGCCGCGCGGACAUACCGGGGGAGGACGGCUGGGCGGAGCACCUGCUCGAGGGGAACGGGUGUCCACGAAACCCGAGAACUGCUCGGUAG